CGGGAACAGCUCCGCCCGCCUCUCCGUCUCUCACCGUCUGUCUACCUGUCUCUCUCUCUCUCUCUCUACCUGCCUCCCCCCUCCCUCCCUGUCCUCCCCCCUCUCGGUGCGGACAUGCUCCCGGGGAUCCGGAGAUGAGGCUCCGAAAUGUCUCCUUCCUGACGGUCUUGUUGUUCGGGCUGUGCGGGCUGGUCUCCCUGUCCUGGUACACCGCCUUCAGCAGCUCCAGAGGAGAUGUGGUGGACAUCUACCAGAGGGAGUUCCUGGCGUUGAGGGAGCGCCUCCACUCGGCCGAGCAGGAGAACCUGCGGCGCUCCAAAGAGCUGAACCUGGUGCUGGAGGAGAUUAAGAGGGCCAUCGCCGAGAAGCAGGCGCUCAGAGACAUCAACCGCACCUGGAGCAGCCUCUCAGAGGAGACGAGGCUGAAGCUGUGGAAUGUAAGCAGCAGUAAAAACGUCCUGCAGCUUCCCUCCAUCUUCCAUCAUCUUCCUCACCUGCUGAACAGGGAGGACAGUCUGCAGCCCGCCGUGCACCUGGGGCAGGGACGCACCGGAGUAUCCAUAGUGAUGGGGGUUCCCAGCGUAAAGAGGGAGGUCCACUCCUACCUGACAGACACGCUCAGCUCUCUCAUGUCGGAGCUCAGCGCCGCCGAGAAGGACGACUGUGUCAUCGUCGUCCUCAUUGCCGAGGCUGACCAGCAGUAUGCCAGCAGUGUAGCAGACAACCUGAAGCGCCUUUUUCCAGCGGAGAUUCAGUCGGGUCUGUUGGAGGUCGUCUCUCCGUCCGUCCACUUCUACCCCGACUUCUCCCGCCUCAGAGAGUCCUUCGGAGACCCAAAGGAGAGAGUCAGGUGGAGGACGAAGCAGAACCUGGACUACUGUUUCCUGAUGAUGUACGCUCAGUCUAAAGGAACUUACUACGUCCAGCUUGAGGAUGACAUAGUCGCUCGUCCAAACUACUUCACCACCAUGAAGAACUUUGCUCUGCAGCAGCCGUCGGAGGAGUGGAUGAUCCUGGAGUUUUCUCAGCUCGGCUUCAUCGGAAAGAUGUUUAAGUCCUUGGACCUGUCGCUCAUCGUGGAGUUCAUGCUCAUGUUCUACAAAGACAAACCCAUUGACUGGCUGCUGGACCACAUCAUGUGGGUCAAGGUGUGCAAUCCAGAGAAGGAUGCGAAACACUGUGACAGGCAGAAAGCCAACCUGAGGAUCCGCUUCAAACCGUCUCUCUUCCAACACGUUGGCACCCACUCGUCUCUGGCUGGAAAAAUACAGAAGCUCAAGGAUAAGGACUUUGGGAAACAGACUCUCCAUAAGGGUCACGCCAACCCUCUAGCAGAGGUGACGACCAGCCUGAAGACCUACCAGCACUUCACCCUGGAGAAAGCCUACCUGGGGGAGGACUUCUUCUGGGCCUUCACCCCUGUAGCGGGGGACUUCAUACGGAUACGAUUCUUCACACCUGUCCGCAUUGAAAGGUAUUUCUUUCGCAGCGGAAACAUCGAACAUCCAGGAGACAAACUUUUCAACACAUCAGUGGAGGUUCUGCCUUUCGACAAUAUUCAGGCAGAGAAAGAAGCUUUGACAGAAGGGAGGGAGAAAACACCAAAGUACCACCGGACAGAGGACGGAUUCAUCAGAAUAGGAACCUUCCAGAAUGGGAUCGCAGAGGGGGAGGUGGACGCCACAUUCGGGCCCCUGGAGGCCAUGCGUCUCUCAGUGAUCACGGAUUCUCCGGUCUGGGUGAUUCUCAGUGAGAUCUUCAUAAAGAAAGCAGAGUGAAGCUCCUCUCCCCCCUCAGCGAUACCUCAGCACCUGCGAGCGUUCAGCCGAGCUGAGCGGAGGCUCUGCAGCUGCCGUCCUGCUCCAGUCCUGCUCACCAGAUCCCCACCGCGGUGCCACAGCGCCGCCAUCUGGCCGGACCUCACCACCGCAGGGCUGAGCAGAUCAGAGACUGAAAACACACAGACGGACAGACGGAGCUCUGAUGAUGAUGGUAACAGGCCGAGUGUGAGACCUGUCUCCUGACGACACGACAUCAUCCUCUCAGACGGAGCUGUAGUUAAUCCUGAAGUCUGUAUUUAUGUGUACAUACCGUGAGGUAGAUGUUGAAAACACUGGUACUUACCGAGAGCGCCGAGCCUCUCCUGAUGAUGAAACUGCUGCUUCCAAACUCAACGGCCUCUUUCUACCUGCAGACGGUCGGUCCGGACCUUUCUUUCCAACUAUCCCACCAGUACACCCCCCACCACCCCCAGUAACCAUGUAUGUGCAUAUAUGCAUAGAAAUGUACACACUGUCAUAUGAAUGCCCUCUCAGUGUGUUGAUAUGUGUCUGUAGUUGCUGCUCGGGGUUCACACGUUUUCCCGCCAUCGGUGAGCUAUUUGCCUUAAAGACGAAGAGCAGGUCACGACAAACACAACGGCCUCGGACUGAAAAAUGUAGCAACAGCAAAAUCCAGAGUCCUCGGACCUUCUCACUCCGGUGGCUCCAGACUCUCAGACUCUCAGACCCCUGACCUUUCUUUGGACUGACAUCUGUCAAAGUUCGAUUUAAGGAAACUGAGGCCUCGUCAAUCAUGACUUCUCCACAGGACUCUGAAGUACUACACAGUGCUCCAGAGUACUGAACAGUACUCUGAAGUGCUAAACAGUACUCUGAUCUUGUGCUUCAAUGUGCUCUACAGUACUGUAGUGUACUCUAAAGUCCCCUAAAGUUCUUGGCAGUACUCUACAACACUGUACAGUACCCUAAUGUCCUCUGCCGUGCUCUGUUGUACUUUGUUGUACUGUAGUUUUUCAGUCCAGUUCAGAAACACUGAUUCACGUUUCCUUUUCUUCUUUCUCUCGUUGACGUGUUUGAUAAUAAACUGUAAUAAAUGAUAAAAUUCUUCCACCAGUUUAAUGGUCGUUCCUCUGCACAGAUGCUGUUUCAGGGGACACAACUUUUGGUAAACUGCCUCCUCAAAUGACACAUUUUUGUCCUUUCUGUGCUUAAUUGAUUCCUGAAAUGUAAUAAUUGGUUCCCCAGAACGACUUUGUUAAUGUUUCCUCGUCUGCUCUGCUCUCUGACUGUGGACUCACUGGGUUUAAUCCGCUGUUUUAGAUCUUGGCCUGAGAUACAGGGAUAUAAAUCAGGGUUUGUCUGAAGGGCCAGAUUAUCUGCCAAAGGGGCCUCAGGGCAA